AAAUUUAUUUAAAAUUCUUCCCAAAAACUUGACCCCCAAAAUCCGAAAACCCAGAAAUUGAAUUCCCAGACAAAAAUCAAACAUCCAAGUCGUCCCUACUUCCUCCUUUCCCAAAAUGGCUCUGCUUGGGGACGACGGUCGUGGCUACGAGCUCGCCCGUAAACUCGAGUCCUGCAACGUCUGGCGCAAGUGGCUCGGCGAAUCCACCUACGCCAACUUCGCUCCCUUACUCAACUCACCUUCAACCUGGGAAGCUUUCAUGGACUCCAAAUCUAGGGCUCACCUCCAUCUCCAACUCCGCGUUCGAGCUCUUCUCUUCGACAAGGCCUGCGUCUCCCUCUUCCUCCGCCCCCAUUCCAAUUCCUCUUCUUCUUCCUCUUCCUCUUCCUCUUCCUCUUCGCUCGCUGUUUCCAAGCUCAAUUCCGACUAUUUGCAGUUGCACCCGGACGACGUCUACUUCACUCUAGAGAAUUCGUCUCAAGACGGGGUUCAAGUUCAACAGCGUGACCCUUCGAUGUCGUCCAAGAUUCAAUCAAAAGCAGCUUCUGGUGUUGGAUCAAGAUAUGGAGAAUCUGAAAUUGAUAAUAAACCAUCAAGAUUUAAAAAUGACGAGCUGUCGGAAACAUGGUACAAUCAGUUUAUGGAGAGAUAUAGAAUUAGCAAACCGUAUAGGUUGUCAUCGGCUGAUCGAGAAUCAGAGAAACGUACCCCAGAGGAGAUGUCUGCUUAUCUUAAGCUUCUUGAGAGGCAUAAGAAAAAACGUCUAGCUUUCAAGGAAGAUCAGUAUAUGGGAUAUGGAAACCCCAUAUUAGAAAAUGUAUCACACAUGAAUCCAAAUUCUGUUUUAGAUGGUAGUAACUCAGUUGAUAGCGAAAUAUAUUUUUUCCCAGAAACAAUGUUUACCUUCAACUGUGUUCCCGAUAGUGCACUUCCACCCUUGAAUAGAGAGGAGGACGACCAGAAAGUGGAAUGUUAUGGAGUUCUUGAUAUGUUGCCUCAGAUUAUGACUAGGAGUCCUGUUAUGCUUGAGAGGCUUGGUAUCAGGCCUGAAUACCUUAGCAUGGAACAAGGAGGAAUCUUACAUCGUGGAAAAAAUGGCUCUGGAGGGAACAAAAAAUGUCUUAGUAAGGAACAAGCGACACAGUUAUCUCAAACGGUAAUAGCCAGGAUGUUGACAAGUAUUGGGUUUGAAAGUGCUACAGAAGUUCCAAUUGAUGUUUUCUCUCAGAUGCUAAGCUGUCAUAUCAGUAAAUUGGGUGGCAGCUUGAAAGUUCUCACUGAUAGUUACAGAAAGCAGUGUUCGGCCAUUGAACUACUGAAGAUGUUCCUUCAAACAAUAGGCUAUAGUAAUUUUGGCCCUCUAAUGGAGCAAGUCAAAGAUGGCUCCAGGAAUUUCCAACAAACUCAGCAGCAAAUUCAUGGAAUCCAGUCACAAUUGCAGUCACAGCACCAGAAUCCCAUUCGACUACAGCAAAUGUCUAGACAAAUGCUUCCGCAGAUGCAACAAGUUGCGCUUUCCAAAAAUGUGCCUUUUCAGCAACAGCAGCAGUUAGAAAGAAUGCGAAGACGACAACCAUCGACUCCUCGUGCUGGUAUGGAUAUGGAUAAGGACAGGCCAAUGGUACAGGUCAAGAUUGAAGCCCCAUCAGAGUUACCCAUGGAUGGUAAUGCCUUGUACAGUUUCAAAAAUCCCCCAAUGCAGUUCAGGCAGCAGCAUACCCCUGCAAUGUCGAAUCUUACAAUGCCAAAUGUCCAUCCUCAGUCAGGCAAUCAAUUUAGACAGAUGGCUUCUUUACAAAUUCCUCAAAUGCAAGCACAGAACGCUGGUGUUCUUAGGGCUCCACCAGUGAAGGUCGAAGGAUUCCAGGAAUUGAUGGGUGGAGAUGCUUCAUCAAAACAUGAUUCAGAUGAAAAUAGGCUGACCUCUCCCUUAAGUAAAUAACAAUCAGCAUACACAACUUGUACGCUUGUUACCUGUUCUGACCCUCGCACUGUCUCACAUUUGUUGUAAAAACUCGCUAAUUUUGUAUGCUAACCCAUGCUUGAUGCAUAUAUAGUUUGAUGGCACUAAA